UUUUAGAAAAUAAUGGAGAAAUCCGAACUGCUGCUAGGUUCACCCGAAGAUGAACUUGGUCCAUUGGCUACUGGUGUGCAUCGAAUGCAACUUUCGAUGGGGUCAGAUUCUAUCGUACCGUCAGCUGGUCGAGAAGGUACUUCGAUCGCACCACAGAUUUAUAGUGGUCGUGCUAUGGCUGUUUUCACCAGUGGUGGUGAUGCUUGUGGGAUGAAUAGCGCUGUACGUUCAGUAGUUAGAAUGGGUAUUUAUCUUGGAUGCCGGGUUUUUCUCAUUUAUGAAGGAUAUCAGGGAAUGGUGGAUGGUGGUGAUAAUAUCAAGGAAGCAGAUUGGCAGUCAGUAUCGGAUAUCAUACAACGUGGAGGUACUGUUAUUGGAUCAGCACGUUGCAAAGAUUUCCGAGAGCGGCGGGGACGUUUGCAAGCUGCUGAAAAUCUUAUCAAACGUCGCAUCACCAAUCUUGUGUGUAUUGGAGGUGAUGGUUCAUUAACGGGCGCUAAUCUUUUCCGACAAGAAUGGCAUGAUUUGAUAAAAGAGCUUCUGUCAAGUGGGAGAAUAACACAGGAAGAGGCGAAAGAAUGUGAUAACAUCCAGAUCGUUGGACUUGUUGGUUCCAUUGACAAUGAUUUUUGCGGUACAGACAUGACUAUUGGUACUGAUACAGCACUGCAACGAAUCUGCGAGGCAAUUGAUUGCGUGAUGUCAACGGCUCAAAGUCAUCAACGUACAUUCGUUAUUGAGGUGAUGGGUCGUCACUGUGGUUAUUUGGCACUCGUUGCUGCAUUGGCUUCUGAAGCAGAUUUCUGUUUCAUACCUGAAUGGCCAGUACCAACAGAUUGGCCUACGGUGUUAUGCCAGAAACUGCGAAUGAUGCGUUUAGCAGGGUCACGGUUAAAUAUUGUGAUCGUUGCAGAAGGUGCAAUGGAUAGAGAAGGAAAAUCUAUUACCGCUGAAUCAGUCCGUUCAGUCGUAAAGGAAACUUUACAUUACGAUACACGUGUGACCGUGUUGGGACACGUACAGCGUGGUGGUAAUCCAUCAGCGUUUGACCGAUUGCUUGGAUGUCGUAUGGGUGCAGAAGCAGUACUUGCUUUGAUGGAAAUGACACCACAGUCGGAGCCUUGUGUUGUUUCAAUCGAUGGUAAUGCGAUUGUACGCGUCCCACUCAUGCAAUGUGUUCAACGUACACAAGCGGUAAAGAAAGCCAUGGACGAGCGUGAUUGGGAAACAGCUGUGAGAUUAAGAGGUCGGAGCUUUCAACGGAAUCUUGCGACUUAUCGCUUGCUUACAAAAGUGCAACCAAAAGCAGUUCAUCCAGUUGUUCCAGUUCACAUCGUAGCAGUAAUUAAUGUUGGUGCGCCUGCUGGUGGGAUGAAUGCAGUAGUGCGUUCGUAUGUCCGUAUGGCACUUUAUAAUGGAUGCAUGGUGUAUGGUAUAAAGAAUUCGUUCGAAGGGCUUUGCCGGGGAGAGGUACAGAACAUGGCUUGGGGUGAUGUCAAUAACUGGGUAAUGCACGGCGGCUCAUUUCUUGGAACACAAAAGCAACUGCCCGAAAAGAUUAUGGAUAAAGUUGCUAAUGCGUUUAAAAAGUACAAUUUCCAUGCGCUAUUACUUGUGGGUGGAUUUGAGGCUUACCAUUCUUGUUUACUUCUUUCACGUGCCCGUGAUAAAUACCCAUCGCUGCGAAUACCGAUGUGCGUUAUUCCAUGUACUAUCAGUAAUAAUGUUCCGGGAACGUCGCUUUCCCUUGGUUCCGAUACAGCUGUUAAUGAAAUUUGCGAAAUGAUUGACAAAAUCAAACUAUCAGCUACUGGCACUAAGAAACGAGUUUUUAUUGUCGAAACGAUGGGUGGAUUUUGUGGUUAUUUGGCAACCAUUUCGGCAUUGGCAUCUGGAGCUGAUAAUGCUUAUAUCUUCGAAGAACAAUUCAACGUAUUUGAUAUUAUGGAUGAUGUAAAGGUUAUUAGUCGUAAAAUGCGUACCGGCGUGCAACGUUAUUUAAUUGUACGUAAUGAAUAUGCUAAUAAAAAUUACACUACAGAAUUUGUGAAUCAGUUAUUCGCUGAAGAAGGAAAGGGAGCAUUUUCGACAAGAACCAAUGUAUUAGGACAUGCACAACAAGGUGGUAAUCCAACACCAUUCGACCGUAAUAUGGGAACAAAACUUGCAGCCCGUGCAUUGGACUUCCUUUUAACGCAAAUAGGGCAAUAUAUCGAUUUGAAAACUGGUAAAUUAAAUGCAGUUUCUCCUGACAGUGCCACACUGUUAGGAUUGGUGGGUCGUCGUACAGUAUUUACACCCGUGGAACAGUUGGCACUAGAAACUGAUUUUGAACAUCGUGUACCGAAACAUCAGUGGUGGAUGAAGAUGAGACCGCUGCUAAGAAUAUUAUCUAAGCACGAUUCUACAUAUCAAACGGAAGCUAUGGUGGUGCCAGAGGUGGAAGAUGAAUGCACUUGAACAUUUUUGGCACAAUAAUUUUCUAUUUAACUGUAAAGAUUCUUCACUAUUUCGUAUGAGCAUUCCUGAAUUGUCUUGGUUGUUUAAUUGGUAGAUUUUAAAGUGACGGAAAUGAGCUUAAUUGUUGUGAAAUCACCGGUGAAGUUUGAAUUUUUUGUAUCGUCGCGAAAAUAUGGCAUAAAAACCUCUAGUAAGCUUACAAAGCAAGCAUUUCUGAACUUUCUUAAUGUUGACCAUCUUCUGCUUUUCUUUUUUCCAGUAUCAUU